GGAACAGACGUAGCAGGAACCAGUUUCCAACGGUGAAACGGAAAGAUGACGCCAUGAUUCCGAGGAGGAGGUUCAACAUAGAACCAUGGAUCGAGGCGUUGGUCCUGAACUACGGUCAGCAGGGAAAGGCAAAAUGGCUGAAAUGCUGUGUUUUAAAGGUUGCAGAGAUGCCGGAGUCACACCCGCUGAUGGAGAAUGGGGAGGCAUUGCUUUUUCUCUCAGACAAAAAAGUCUCCAUACCGGCGGUUCUGACCAAGCAAGCAUGGGAGGUGAUGCAAGAAAAGGAGGAGCGGGAUGUUGUCUCCGAUCUGAAGCAGUGCACCGUGUGCCUGCAGGUCUACAACCUUGAGUUCCGGUGCGAGGCUGAGUUGAAUAAAAGCAGGUUCAUCUUCACUGUCGAAAAAAUGGCCACUGUGUCUUUUGGGGCAACGGUUGACGAUUUGGUCCCAUGCUGCACAAGUCUGCCCUCAGUCAAAGAGAAGGUCUACGAAACCUGGAGGUCUGGGACCCUGGACUUAAACAUGUCCCUACAGGGAGAGAAUUCCUCCGCCACCAUAGACACACAGUCAAUGCUGUCUCUGUCAGAUCUCCUCACGAUAUGGCACGAGGAGGAUGCGAGCGGCCUCCUGGCUGACUUGAAGACCCGGCUGGCUCCGCCGUCGCCUCCUCACCCCCCCUCGUCCUCCUCGCCCCUCCCGGGGCCCUCCUCCUCCCGGGCCAACCCGCCGCCCGCCGCGCGCUCCACCUACCUGCCCACUGGCUGGCGAGCGGACCGGGGCCGGUACAAGGGACAGGAAGCUUACACUUUCACAGUGUCACACUUCUACAUCCCAGCGGAGCAGCUGGAACUGAUGCAGAGUCACCCAGAAGGAAGAGGAGGAGAGCUUGAACCUCAGGAUGAUAAUACAUCUGCAAGUCCAGUACAUCGUGAGGGGCGGGCUCUCCCAGACUCAGGGGAGGAUGGGAGUUCUCCCAUGGCUUCAGGAGAGCAGGAGAAGAGACCGGCGAACCCUUGGGACAUCUAUGCGCUGAGAGUGGAGAACCUCAGCAUGUCUUCAUUAGAAGUGUCCCUGUCGGAGUCUCCCAUGCAUAACCCGCCCCUGGUUGGACAGAGCCCGUCGCUCCUCCUUCCAUUGGACAGGGACCGUGCGGCUGUUCCCACGGCGACCAGCCCUCGGGCGUCGCCCUUGGAGCGAUCCGGCAGCUGGGACCUGUUCUCAGGGUCAGACCAGAGCAGCGAGGACGUGCCGGUGACUGCGGAAGACCAAUCGGAGGGCCCCGACCCCGAGCCCCACCCACUGGAGCCCCGUCCCCUUGAGCCGUCCCACCCAAAUAGUGACAUGCAACCCUCCGCAGGCUCCUCUGCCCCCUCCCUGAUCAGAGAGAUUUUGACUGGGUCCGAUAACCAAACCCUGCCCCCUUACCAGAAGCCCCGCCCCCGCAAUGCCUCAGGCUGCUCUCCCGUCCGGGAUGGCUCCUUCCAUUAUUUUUUGGACCCUUUCGCAUCCUCUACGGACAAUCCGGUGCGCCCCCCCGUCCUCACAAGUUCCUCGGGCUUUUACUGGGACAAACCCGCCACCCCCCAGCAGGGCCCACACGCACCCCCCAUCCGCGAGGAAGAGGAGGGCGUCGUCACUGGGGAGCCGGAAAGAGCCAGAAGGAAGCGGCGGCUGGCUUUCACUGAGGCCGACGUGGCGGCCGCGGCCAUCAACGGCCUGGAGGAGCGGGGGGAGCGCAGUGACAGCCGCGCGGGUCGCACUCCCAAGAGGAAGCGGUCUCAAACCGGCAGCCCCCCGUCCUGGCUGUACCACACCCAGGCGGCGGGACAUAGGGAGGACCGCGGCCCGAGUGAGGGCGGGGCUACAGGAGAAGAGGGCGGCCCCACCUCGGCCGCAGACAUCCGCAGUGUGAUUACGUCCCACCCAGAUGGCACCCCGUUCCUUCACCGCUACGAGCCAGCUCCGCGAGCCGCCGAGGCACUGAGCCUCUACAAGGUUCCCGAUGACCUUGUGCGCUGGUCCGCGCGCUACCUGUUCGGCCCAGACGGAUCAAAGGAGACCAGCUGAGCGCCAUCUGGGGCGGCCCGGCGCGCCGAAGAGGGCCCGCCGACUCUGGCUGUGCCGCCGGCGACCCCGGCAGGAUCGGCGUAUGACGAGCUGGACGCGCGGGUAGCUCCGUGAAGGCUGCCAGGUCGCGGUUUGUGUUUCCGGCUCGGAAGCGCUCGGUCCUGGUUUGCGUAUUCGGCUGCCAUGACCGUGUGUCCUCUGAACUGGAGGCACCUGAACGGGGAGAGGAACGUGGCACGAAGUCCUGGCAUUAAUCUCGCUUCAACUUUCUCCAGUGUAGAACAAAAAAGGACAUUGUGUUACAAUGGGUUGCUGAGGACUGUGGGAGUUGCAGUUUCCCCCACAGAGUGCUUGCAGUGGUGGUUCUGUGGGUUUAUGGGAGUUGUAGGCUUUACCCUCAGGUUGUGUUAAUGACACUUGAAUCUCUUGUGACCCAAGCUCAGGUUCUUUUAACCACGCCCACUCCGACAUCAUCGUCCCAGGCAGUACCAGACUGUAAUCCACAGCUGAUACCUCGGCUUCUUUUUUAUAUAAGCUGUACUUUGCAUUCAGUGUUCAUUCAUUUUACUCACCUGACAAUAAAUGGUUUUUAUAUUUAGUAAA